UGAAGAAUGCUCCUCGCCUGUUCGGAUGCCCCGUGGUGUCCAGCAACAGUCACAGUGGCAGUAGCAGUGGAUCUAAUGGCCAACAGCACUCGCGUAACCUUUCUACCGAUUCUACUACAUUAUCAAAGCCUGCUCAAUCCAAAGAAAGACUUGAGACCGGGAAUGUACCACAGUGGAAAACAUCACCUCGGGGCAGGCCGAAGGAACGCGCUCCUCCACCACCGUAUGUGCAGCCGAAGACUGGCUCUUUGAAUGAUCUUAGUGAUGAUUGUCAUGAUGCGGAAUUGGCAUACACCUCUACAUCAGCGAAGAAUGACUCGAGUUAUACUCAGAGUCAGUCGUUGAUAUCCGCUGACUUGAACGAGUCGUUCGGGAUGUCUCCUACGCCAGCUCAAGAGUCUGAUGACUCCUUUGAUGAGUAUCAGGAUGAAUCCCUUCCCAGCAGCAUUUCUCGAAGUCAUGGCGAGAUGAUAAGUGCUUUAUUCAAUGUUCCACAACGGCCUCCACCACUUACAUUCCGACCAGAAAGCGGCAACAAUCGUCCGCUGUCGUACAACAAAGCCGUCGGCGCUGAGCCUAUCCCUGUUACUCGACCUCGUACUUCUCGUUCUGUUAUUGUUGAGAAUUCAUCUUCUUCAAGUGGAUCUGGCUCCAUUAAACGACCAACAAUACUGAAUCGUGAGGAUAUUGUUGGUUCUGAAGUGCCUAAUAGGUGA